CCGCCACGGCCGCCAUUUUCUGUGGUGUCGCUUCCUCUACCAGCAGCGGGAUCGAUAGCCGCGGCCUCCUUCGCCCGCCUGGGAAGGGAGGGGGCACCGCCCACCGGGGUGGGGAAAAGAGGACAGCACAGUUCAGGCUGAAUAAAAAGAGAUAGAAAAUAAAGACAGAGUAUCAGGGAGGAAUUCUGACAGAGAAUAGGAAUGGAUAUCAAGGACACAAUGUACCCUCAUAAGCAAAGGGUUAUGGGGAGCCCUUCAGAACAACAAAGAUGUCUUCCUGCUGAUGUAAUUGAAAAAGGAAGGAAUUACAAGAUUGUUACAGAAGUGAUACAAAAUGGAGAUGAAUUCACCUGGUCCCAAAUUUAUCCAGGAGGAAAGAGUAUGUCUAAUUGCUUUGUUAUUGGCAAGGAAUCAGAAAUGGAGACAAUGGGAGGCAAAAAAUUCAAGGCAACAGUUAAAAUGGAAGGUGGGAAAAUGGUUGCAACCUUCCCCAACUAUCAUCAUACUGCAGAGAUCAUUGGGAACAAACUAGUAGAGAUUUCUACAGUUGCUGGUGUAACCUUCAAGAGAAUCAGCAAGAGAAUGGCAUAGAAAAGAAGCUGGUGAACGAAUAAUACCACAGCCCUUUUCCACAAUGGAAAAUGAAGAAUAAAGUCUGAUAUACGUAA